AUGCGAGGCCAAUUACCGCUGUCAAGAGCGACGAGAGGACUCCGGCUGCGGGCAUUGCCUUCGUAUACUUGCACCCAGUGCAGGUCUAUUCAGAUCAGCGCUGCGCCGAGCACUGAAGCGCCCAAGGUUGGUGGUGAUGCCUUCGGAGCUCUUGAGACGAGGGAUCCUGCGGAUGCUCGAUUCGAGGUUCUAGGUUCGCCAUAUUCGCUACUGUCUGUGACCCUGUCGGCAUCGCAGAAGCUUUACACUCGGAGGGGCACAUUGGUUGCUGUCGCCGGCAAGCCUGAGAAUGCUCAAUCCACUCUCUCGAUCCUCAACCCGAUUACACGAGCCUUCCUCGGCGUUCCCUUCCUUUACCAGCGCAUCUCAGCAACGACACCAAUCACAGCAUUGAUCUCGACAAAGUCACCCACGACCUCUUUUACGGUUCUUCACCUCGAUGGAACGACGGACUGGAUGGUUUCACAGAGGAACGCGCUACUGGCUUGGACGGGACAUACUCUUGCGCCGUCGGCGCGCAUCCAGAGCAGGCUUACACUCGCCCACUGGGGUAACACCCUCUUGACUGGACGAGGUCUUGCUGCUCUAUCAGCGCCGGGACAGAUCUACGAGCUUACUCUUAAGGAGGGAGAGGAGUUUGUGGCGCAUCCUGGCAGCGUUGUGGCUUAUUCUGUCAACCGAUAUCCCCCACAGCCUUUCCGCUUCAAGAGCAAUAGUCUACAACUCCAGGUGCCGUCGCUGUCGAGAUGGAUCUCGGAGCCUGAGUGGGUAAAGACUGUUCGCAACUCGGAGGUCUGGAAGUAUCUGGCACGGGCCCUUUACAGCAUGCGAACAGCAACUCGACGAACUAUUUGGGGUGAUCGUCUAUUCCUUCAGUUCCAUGGUCCUGCAAAGGUUCUCAUCUCAAGUCGAGGCGUGCGCGCCGCAGACGUGCUCAGCAACAAGCAAGUGAACGAGAUAGCUGAUGCUCAACCUGGCGUGCUCUCCCAGGCUGUUGAGUUGACCAACAAGACCAAGUUGACAGACGGCUCCGAGAGCAAGCCCGCCGCUAUUGAGAGUGCUAAGCAUGACCUGGCUGAUAAGUCUGUGACUGGCAUCCACGUUGCUGCAGUUGAGAAGGAUGGUAAGGUCAAGUUCGAAGACAACAAGGAUCUUAAAGAGUUUAUCCGAUGA